CUGCUGGAUGUGCCCAUGCAGGAAGGCGCGCGCGGCUAAUGCGUGAGCAUCACCCUCAGCGGGCAAAAUGGGGUGAACAAUAGGAAACUCGAAUGAGCAAUGAGCAAUGCUUCCUCUAUAGGACUUCUCUCAUUGCAUUGCCGCUUUAAGACCAACAGCUCAUGGUUGAGCUGCAAGCCUGCAGUGGACAUUCAAUGCAAUCGCAUUUCUCAGAUUCUUUCAAGCAGAAAAGCAAGCAAGGUGUUGACAGCAAACCUUGUAAGCAUACAGCAAAGGACUUGUUGGCAUAGGCAUGAGCAGCAAAGCUUGUUCAGGUGUGUUGAGACUUGAAGCUGCUUACCAGCAGAGUGGUGGACAAAGAAAGUCAGCGGGCAGACACUUUCAGAAAGGGGACAGCCCUCACGAAAGUUGCUGGGAUGGCAUGAGUCAUACGAGAUGGAGUUCUUUCAGCUGUGCCGAGCCCUGGAGCUCACUAGCAGCAAGAAGGAGAAGAAAGCCAAACAGCGAAUACUUCGCAGGCUGCUUGACCGCGUAACUAGGGAUGGGCACCACUCCGUGCUGCGCCUCCUCGUGCCUCAGAGGGACAAGUCCCGGCCCCCGUACAAUAUGCAGACUACAAUCAUCGGCCAAGUCAUUGGCGAUGCCCUUGGACUGGCCGCCGACUCAGCGGAUGUCAAAACACUGGUGGAGUGGCGGUCGGGGGGGGAUGCGAUGGGCGUCAACGCCGGAAACUUUGCGCUGUCGUGCGUCGAGGUGUUAGCCGCACGACAGCGCGCGACUCCCUCAGGUAUCACCUGCGAGAGGAUCAACGAGUUUCUGGACCGCUUCUCAAAAACAACCUACAAGGACGUUCGGGUGGCCAUCUUUCGGGAGCUGAUUCACGAGACAACGACGCUCGAGAUGAAGUGGAUCAUUGCCAUCCUGCUAAAAGAACUGCGCUUUGGAUUGGGCGAUGAACCGAUUCUCGAGACGUUCCACCCCGAUGCGGUGGCGUUCUACAACACGAGGUGCGACCUGCGGGCGUUGUGCGCGACGCUGACGGACCGGAACACGCCAUGGAAUCGGACGGGGAUCGAACUCGGGACGGCGUUUGUGCCCCAACAUCUCAAGCGGGGAACCACCGUGCAAGAGGCUUGGAAACAGAUGAAAGGGAAGUCGAUCACGGUAGAGCACAAGUUCGACGGGGAUCGGAUGCUGCUGCACAAGAAUGGGGACAAGAUCACCUUCAUCUCGAGGAAUGCGAUCCUCCAUCCGGAGUACCUCCCCUUCGGCGAGCUUCUGAAGGAGCACUUGCCGGCCCGGUGCAUCCUCGACGGAGAGCUGGUCACGUGGGACAAGGAGAGGCGCUCGUUUGGACCCCGUACCAAGGCGAGCAACAAAAAUGCAGCUCGGGCCCUCCGGAAGGACUUCGAGCACCACGAACAGAACUGCUUCGUGGCCUUCGACAUCGUGUUCCUGGGUGACUCUGACCUUCUAAAUCGAAGCCUUCAAGAGCGCAAGAUCAUACUGGAGAAAUUGGUGCCCGAGGUUCCCUCUUUGCUCUAUCGGGUCCUCCCGGGGGUUGCGCCGUUCUCCAUCCUACCGAAGACCGAGCAAGAAGUUGACGACUUUUUCAGCACGAUCGUGACUGCGGGGGAUGAGGGCAUCGUGCUCAAAGACCUUGCCUCCCCCUACGAAUGCGGCGACAAGUCCGGCGCUUGGCUGAAGGUCAAGCCGGACUACGUGAACGGCGCCGUCGAUCUCGACGUCCUCAUCAUCGGGGGCUUCUACGGACAGGGGCACCACGGGGGCAAGGUGGGUCAGUUCCUGUGCGGAAUUGCGGACAGACCUCUCGAGGCGGACAGGCCAACCAAGUUCCUGUCGUUCUGCCGAGUAGGAACCGGUUUCACCAAGCUCAAUCUGCGGGCGUUGCGGGAGAGGUUGGAACCCUUCAAAGUGCGAAACGUGCCCGGUUCCAAGCCCCCCCGGUGCUACGAGGUCACUGCCAGCAAGCUCUACAGCCCAGACGUCUGGUAUGACCCGCCAAGCAGCUCGGUAGUGCUGACAAUUAGCUGCGACAACAAGCCACGACCCACUUGGUCUUUCGCCGCCCCCUGCGCCCCGUGCUUCGCGCGCUGCCACGAGAUCCGAUACGACAAACCGUGGUACGACUGCCUCAUCAAAACAGAGCUGAUCGAGAUCGUCGCUCAAAACGGAGUGAUCACCGGCGAGCAGUACGCAGCUCUCGCGAAAAAGCACAAACACCCAAAACGGGGGGUCAAGCGGAAGGCAAGCGGCCAGCCGUUGGUACCCCCCCAUUUGCAGCUGGCGGACAUGUCGCACGUGCAGCCGGAGACGGACAUCUUUGAGGGCCUUGUUUUGGUGAUCUGCAAUACGCCCGAGGGCCAAUCCAAGGCUGACGUCAGCCGGCUGAUCGCGCGGCACGGCGGCCACGUGUCAGAGAACGUCACCGAUGACGUCACCCACGCUGUCGCGGGCCGGCCGGGGGGCAUCAAGUGGUCGGCGAUCUGCGCGCGCAUGGAUAUUAUUCACACCGACUGGCUGGCGGAGUGCGACGCGCAGGGGGAGCUGCUUCCUGUCAGGCCGAGGCACCGAUUGCAUCUGGCAGAGUUGGCGAACGACGCGAGAUCAGAUGAGUUGGACGGCUUUGGCGACUCAUAUGAUGACGACAUCGAAGAGGUGGACCUCAGACAGAUCUUUUCAAAGAUGACGACACCGCGGGCACAGGAAACGCCGUUCGACGUGGGGAGCUUCGAGUGCAAGCACGGCGGCGACCUGCGCACGGGGCUCUUCCGGGGCUGUGUCGCCUUCCUCCACGAGCCAAUGCACUCGAGCAACCCGGAUUCGCGGGAGGUGGCGGCGGCCGCCCUCCGGCGGCUAGGGCUCGAGAUCGAGUUCCGGGGCGGUGCUGUCGUCAGCACGCUCUCGAAUGACGUCACCCACGUGGUCGUCUACGUCAGCCCGGCGCAGCCGCUGGGCUUCGACAGAAUCCUCAAACGGAAAACGGACCCCCAGCAGCGGCUGCUCCGGCGUCCGGCCGUGUCCGUCGUCAGCCAGGGUUGGGCGGAAGAGUCGCUGGCCCGGGGAGUAAUGCUCAACGAGGCUGACUUCAGCAUGAGGCCUGAAUCGGCGAUCGAAUGGCCCCAGACCGCCAGUCCCAGCGCCGCCUCAGGUCCCCACCCUUCGUCGGGCACAAAUCGCAACCUGAAACCCUCCCAAAACUCCCCUCAACCAGCCCACGAGAGCACUGUUAGUGAGUCGAAGCUCCGAGCGACCCUCCAAACCCGACUGGAGACCGCCGCGGAGGCCCUGUCACGGAGUCUCCCUUGCACGGAAGAUCGUAACCCACCUGAAAAACCCGCUGGUUUAUUAUUAAACCCGUCCCAAACCUCCCCGUCGGCCUCCGCUCAAAUCCCAAGUCUGGAGCGGGUUAGUGACGCAAAGAUAAGGCCGCCGGAACCCUUGUCUCAAAGCGGCUCGAACGCCGAGUCUCAAGUGGAUUCGCAGUCGGCGAAUCUACUAUUACUCAGAAGGGUGGAGCGAGGUGCAAGUGGCGGCUUUAAGACGGGCGCCGACUGCGGUUCGGUGCAAAAAGCGGCAAUGGAACCGGGGCAGGAUUCUGACCGAUCAAACGGAACGGACGAUGUCUUACAUGGGCCGAAGAAGCUGCUUAACAACAUUAAUCCCGGGGAGCACGAAUGGUGCGGAAUACCGAGGAUGGAAAGCUUGCUCGGCUGCAGUCUCGAUGCCGAGUCGCAGGCGCAGACAUCAGGGAUAGCGAGUGCAGAGACCGGGGCUCAAGCCUCUAGAAGAGAGGCCGCCCCGUUGUCGAGCAUCGACACUCAGCCUGCGACUUCUCUCAGGGGGGUAGAUAGGGGGGGGCGCCGCGGCGUCUCUAAGGAACGGGCGUUUGGUUACGAUUCCGGGCCGAGUGCAAAUGUUAGCGAGAAAUGUGCGUUGCCGACGCUCUGUUCUGCGGGGUGGAUCAGCGGGUCGGACAGCGAGAAAGAAAAUCCUGGGCGGCAGCGGCGGAAUGGCAAACGGCCAGCGGAAUGCGUUGCGGAAGCGCGCCGAGCGACGCUCGCGGCGGGCACGCGUACGCGCCCUUUGAGCGACCUGCCACUUGGAGCGGGGGCCGGGAAUGACGUCACGCUGUCGUCACGGGCAGGAAAGAGGGCCAGGCCUGGCGCCGAGCUUGUUGACCAUAAGGCGUGCGCUGUGUUGACCUCACAGCCGUCGUCACCCCUCGAACUGGGGACAGUCCCCGGGGCUUUGCCUCCCAGUCACCGGGUGACCGCACCCCAGGUGAAAGAAGCGGUCGGGGGAAGCUUUGAGGUAGUCGGAGGGAGUUUGGACUCCGGGGUCAAGACCGCGGAGCAAACGAAAAGUGUGGGGGUGGGGUUCAAGCCGAAGAAAAAGGUAUGUUACAGGGACGUCCUUUUGGGCUUCUCAGCUCCGAGGUAGGGUCUGCCUACGGACGAUCGGACAGGCCUACACACCGUCGGCUAAGCAUCGUUGCUAGAGCAUGCAGCACUAAACAUCGAAACACUUGCAUUUUGCAACUCUCGCUGAUGGCAUACGGAUCCGAGC